GACUUUAUUUUUUGCUAUAGAAUAUUCCUGUGGGUGAUAAUGUUGCAAUCAGAAUAAUUUCCUUGAAAGCUUAUGCAUUGAUGAUGGGAAGUUUCAUCGUUUUCUUAUUAUUUCUUUCUCAGUAUUUGUUACUCGGUUUUGCUUUACUUUUUCAAGAUUAUGUCUUACUUGUUAUAUAUUCUAAGGAAAAAACCACUUAGUUUCCGUGUGAUCAGUACUGAAAUUCAGUAUUCCUGCUGAUAUGCAAUUGAUCUUUUUUGGGUUAAAGGUGCAAAAUCUAUUUCUUUUCUCUGUUUCUUUUUGGAUUGAUUUGUUUGCUCUUUGGAUUUUACAUUAUUUCCGUUUCUUUACUUUGCACUUUCUAGAGUCUAAGGUAUGGGUUUUUAAAGUAAGAAAUUUGUUUGGAAGGAAGGCAAAUAAGUUUUGAGACAAAGGUUUUUGUAAAGAAUAUAAGGUUUUUAGGUUUCAAAAUGCUGAAAAACUUUUUCAACCGACAAAUUAUUAGUCGGUAAACUUCAUUGAAACAUACUGGUAAUCUCUGUCAUGCAUCUGGUGAACUGAUAUGCUGUUUGGGUUCAAAUCUUGUAUGUUAAGAAGUAGCAAGUACCAUUUCUAUAAUGUGUUUGGGAAAAUUCCUAAAUGGAUGAGGUGCUUGUAUGUGGAUGUUCCACAUAUUCAGUAUUGAACUUGUUUGAUUUUGAAGAUUUUGGAGUUCUGAAUCUUUGGAUAACUUGGUUGAAACAAAUAUAUUUCUUAUGUUUGGUGAAAACUGACUUGAUGAUCUGACUUCAUGUGCAGUUUGAGCAGAAAUUAGGCUUCACUUCAUUAAGCUUGUCCUGUUUGUGCAGCAUCUGAAAGUUGGGUAUCUGAAUAAUGGGAGGAAAACAGUCAAGGCAUCAAGGUCAAUACCAGCAUGAUUCAUACAAUUAUGGGGCUCCAUCACUCCCAAGCUCUUUGCCCUACUUGUCUCAUUCUUCAAGGUGUGUUGAUUAUGAUGGAAGAAGCAAGCUGCAGUCAAGGUAUUCAAGAAUUGGUGAUGAUUACUACUCUCUAGAACAGGUGACGCAAGCUCUUGCACAAGCUGGUUUGGAAUCUUCCAAUCUUAUUUUGGGCAUUGAUUUCACAAAAAGCAAUGACUGGACAGGCGCGCGGUCUUUCCACAGGAAGAGCCUGCAUCACCUUGGGGAUUCUAUGAAUCCUUAUGAACAGGCAAUAUCAAUAAUUGGAAGAACAAUUUCUGAUUUUGAUGAAGAUAACCUUAUUCCUUGUUAUGGUUUUGGUGAUGCCUCUACUCAUGAUAAAGAAGUAUUUAGCUUCAAUCCAGAAGAUAGGCCGUGUAAUGGCUUCGAGGAAGUACUUAGUCGUUAUAGAGAAAUAGUUCCAAAUGUCCAUUUAGCUGGACCAACAUCUUUUGCCCCAAUCAUUGAAACUGCCAUUGGUAUUGUGGACAAUAGUGGUGGCCAGUAUCAUGUUCUCAUGAUCAUUGCUGAUGGGCAGGUUACAAGAAGUGUCGAUACGGGUAAUGGACAGUUGAGUCCGCAGGAGCAAUGUACCAUUAAUGCUAUUGUAAAAGCAAGUGAGCAUCCGCUAUCAAUAGUACUGGUUGGAGUUGGUGAUGGACCAUGGGACAUGAUGCAUACAUUUGAUGACAAUAUUCCUUCUCGGGCGUUCGAUAAUUUCCAGUUCGUGAAUUUCACAGAAAUCAUGUUGAAAAACAUCCCCAUGUCUAAGAAGGAGACUGAGUUUUCUCUAGCUGCAUUAAUGGAGAUACCAUCACAAUACAAAGCUACAAUAGGACUUCAUCUGUUGGGCUGCCAAAGAGGUAUUCCAAAGAGGUAUCCUCUUCCUCCUCCACUUGGGAACAGCUUGGUGACUUACUAUCCAACGUAUAAAGGGCCAAGCAGAAAUGAACAGAGAAUGGGAUAUGAUAAUGAUCCUUCUCGCUGUCUUGUGAAUCAUACUUCACAUAGUAGGAGUUGUCCUGUGUGUUUAUGGAGUACAAAAGAUCUUGCAUUUGGAUGUGGACAUCAGACAUGUUAUGAUUGUGGGAGGGACUUGAACUUGUGCCCCAUUUGCCAAACCUACAUAAUCACCAGGAUAAGACUGUACGAGUGAUUCAUCAGAUUUAGUAGAGUCUGUUCGGGACUUGACAGAAUGAAGCAUAGGUGGGAGUUCAAAAACCUGACAGGGUGAAGCAUUGGUGGAUUUCCCAAGUCCCCAUAUAGUGCAACUUCAUCUAUUUCAAACUUUUGUAGGCAAUCUUCUUUAAGUCGAUGUCAAAGAAUCAAGUGGUUCUGUUUGAUUUUGGUUCCUGUUGUCAACUUCUUUUUGAUCAUAUAAAUUCUGGUUUGAAC